CGGUUCCAAAGCUUCAUCCAACCGCAGCUCAUCACAGCUUCGUUCGGACCUCUCAUUCUCAUUGAAGCUCUCAUAACAAUCGCAAACGGCUGAAACAUUGCCGUUGAAAUAUGGGUGUUGUGUUGAAGCCUCCAUGAUGAAAAUGCUCACAGGUACUUCGGCGGGUGUGAGGCUUCUUCUGAGCCCCGCCGUGGUCCGUCAACAAGCAACCAUUACCACAGCAGCUUCGAGAGCUCUUCCUCCGACAGCAGCUAGCGUCAUUCUCGUCUCAUCGCGCCGGCAAUAUGCGACUACGCAAGAAAGUUCCAAGAGGAGAUCCGUAACGCCCUUCAAUGAUGAUGGCCAUGUGCCCUGGACUCGGCUCUCCACCGGUGAAAAAGCCGGGCGCGCCGUCCAGCAAACGUUCAACUUUGGUCUGGUGAUUUUGGGUGUGGUUUUGACCGGAGGAAUUGCCUACCUACUCUUCACCGACGUGUUCUCCCCAGAGUCCAAAACCGCCUACUUCAACCGAGCCGUUGACCGGAUCCGUGCCGACCCUCGCUGCGUCGCCCUUCUUUCGCCCGGCGACCCAAAGAAGAUUGCUGCUCACGGCGAAGAGACACACAACAAGUGGCGCCGGGCGCGGCCGAUCGCGGCAACGGUCGAGAAGGAUAAUAGGGGUGUGGAGCAUCUAAAGAUGCAUUUCCAUGUCGAAGGACCAAGAGGUUCUGGUGUCGUCGGGCUGCAUCUGACCAAGCAACCAGGUCACUGGGAGCAUGAGUACCAGACCUUUUACGUGGAUGUGAGGGGACAUCAGAGAAUUUACUUGGAGAAUAAGGAGGCAGAAGUGGCGGCUGCUAAGAAGGGUGGCAACAAGGAGUUCAAGUUCUUGGGUGUCAAGUGGAACUGAAAGGCUUCCAUUCGCUUGUAUGAAUAUUGUUCAAGGCUGCUGGUCAUUGUUGCAAUGAUGAACGGCGAUGCAGUGAAAUAUGGGUUUGCCGGUUAGUCUUGUUUCUUUCAAUGAGUAUGUUUGUUAUCUUCGGUGUGUCAUUAUGAUGCGUCAUGGAGGCUUAGCAUCGCACGUUGGAUAUGAGAACAAGUCUGCAAAUUGGAAUUAGAGUGCUUUCAUUAUAUGUCC